CCGAGACGUGCGACACAGGAAGGAAGUUCAACUGGUGGAGAAUCGCUGUCACGACAGGUGCUAGUGAAUGCAGUAGGGUCCCAGUCUAGGGAUGGAGCAGUGUGCGUGUGUGGAGCGGGAGCUGGAGAAGGUGCUCCAUAGGUUUGUCAUGUACGGACACCAGUCAGAGGAACGGCUGGACGAACUACUACGCAGCGUCUGUGAGCUACGGGGACAGCUGGUCACAUUCGGGGUACAAGAUGCAGAUCUGUCGGUGCUGUCUCAGACGAUGGCCCAGUGUUGUAAGAACAUUAAAGAAACGGUACAGCUGCUGGCCUCCAGACACAAGGACAUCCACGGCAGUGUCUCCAAAGUCGGCAAAGCUAUCGACAGGAACUUUGAUGCAGAGGUGAGUGCAGUAGUGGCAGAGACAGUGUGGGACUCACCUGAGAGACAAAAGUACCUGAGUGAGACCAUCGUGGAACACCUGUACAGACAAGGCAUGCUGAGCGUGGCAGAGGACCUAUGUCAGGAGUCUGGAGUAGUGAUUGACAUGAGCAUGAAGCAGCCGUUCUUGGAACUCAACAGGAUCCUGGAGGCCUUAAGGAUGCAGGACCUCAGACCAGCACUAGAGUGGGCAGUAACAAACCGGCAGCGCCUGCUGGACCUGAACAGUACCCUGGAGUUCAAGCUGCACCGCCUCUACUUCAUCAGCCUGUUAAACGGAGGCAUCACCAACCAGCUGGAGGCGCUACAGUACGCCAGGCACUUCCAGCCCUUCGCCUCACAGCACCAGAGAGACAUCCAGAUCCUCAUGGGUAGUCUGGUGUACCUGCGGCACGGCAUAGAGAACUCUCCCUACCGCUCGCUGCUAGAGACCAACCAGUGGGCUGAGAUCUGUAACAGCUUCACCAGGGACGCCUGCUCUCUGCUGGGGCUUUCUGUAGAGUCACCUCUCAGUGUCAGUUUUGCGUCAGGCUGCAUGGCUCUGCCAGUCCUGAUGAACAUCAAACAGGUGAUCGAACAGAGACAAUGUAGUGGAGUCUGGACACACAAAGACGAGCUGCCUAUUGAGAUAGACCUGGGGAAGAAGUGCUGGUACCACUCUGUGUUCGCCUGUCCCAUCCUCAGGCAGCAGACGUCAGAGAGCAACCCUCCCAUGAAGCUCAUCUGUGGACACGUCAUCUCCAGAGAUGCCCUCAACAAACUCACCAACGCUGGAAAACUGAAAUGUCCCUACUGUCCCAUGGAGCAGAACCCGUCAGAUGCCAAGCAGAUCUUCUUUUGAUCCCCCAUCCUGUUUCCUGAAACCCCCAGGCAGAGUGGAGCUACAGAAUCUACCUGCUACCCCAGGACCUGUCAAUUCCCCAUCCUACCUCCUCACAGGCACCAAUUCCC